AUGAACUCCGAUGCAGUCGUUAGUGAUAAACAUUAUAAUAAUUUACAUUUUUUUAUUGGUCUGGGACUGGCGACAUCGUCCAGUAUAUUUAUAGGUUCUAGUUUUAUAAUUAAAAAAAUAGCCUUAAAAAAACUUAAUGAUCUAGGCAAUUUAAGAGCUUCGGCUGGAGGGUACGGAUAUCUUAAGCAAUGGAUGUGGUGGUUGGGACUACUUACAAUGGUUGUUGGAGAAGGUGCAAAUCUCUUAGCUUAUGCAUUUGCACCUGCUGCUUUGGUAACACCAUUGGGUGCUUUGAGUGUGCUCGUGGCAGCUGUGCUAUCUUCUAAAUUUCUUAAUGAAAAACUAAAUUUUAUUGGAAAGAUUGGAUGUUUCUUGUGUAUCAUUGGUUCUGUUAUUUUUGUGAUACAUUCACCUAAAACAGAAGAAAUUCAAGAGUUUUCAGAGCUCCAGAAUAAAAUAUUUGAUUUUUUAUUCAUUUCUUAUGUUUUAACUAUUUUUGUUAUGACUCUAAUAAUAAAAAUUGUGUUUGUACCUAGGUUUGGUAAUACUAAUGUUGUUGUAUACUUGUUAAUAUGCUCUGCUAUUGGAAGUUUAACUGUUGUAUUUUGCAAAGGAGUAGCUUUGGGUAUUAAAGAAACUGUUGAGGGAGGUGAAGUUAUUCAAGAUAGAAAAUUGACUAAUCCAGUUCUUUCAAUUAAAAAUUGGUACCUGUCUGGCUUUCUUAACAACAGACAAUAA